AUCGUAUCUCUGUCAAAAACCACUUUAAUAUUUUUCAUGUAAAGCAAUAUUAAAGAAUACCUUUAAGAAAUUAAAAUACUAGAGGAUACUAAAGUGAAUAUAUUUAAUUCUAUAAAUGUGAAUGCCAAAAGUGAAUAUUAUUAUAUUAUUUAUUGUGUGUACGAGUUUCAACAAUAUGAUUGCGGAUUUUUAAUGAACAGUUUUGUUUUGUAUAGUGUGUUUUUAUCAAAUAAAAGUCGUACAGCCUCAUGGUUUCUUAUUGAAUAUACGUAUAUAUUUCGACGCAUAAAUGUGUAAAAAGUUAAAAACUAAGCAUGAAUCAAAUAAAAAAUAUUGGAAGUUCUGAAAAUCCAAAACAUCAUAACUUCCAAAGUAAUAAUACCAGUUCAGUGAAACGGAAUAACUCGGCAGAAAUAAGUAUAAGUUCAACAAAAAAAAUUAAAUUAGAUGUGUCCAAUAACACUAUUUGGAAUCUUGAAGGCAAUGUAAUUAAGAAACCAUUGAGCGAGAGCACUAAGGACGAGCAUAUAAAGAAGAGUUUUAAAAGAGAUUCUGUGUCAAAAACUUUUCAAAAUUUUUCAAAUCAAGAUUGUGAAAUACCUGAAACGGUAAAACCAUCUUUUAAUUCAGACGAUUUUGUAGUUAUUUCGUCAAAUGUGUCGGACUAUAUUGAUGAUAAAGAUUGCGACAAAAGCAUCAGAAAUAAGCCAAUUUCCGAGACAAGUAGCAGUUUGUUAAAUACCAAUAUAAGUGGACGAAAAGAGUUAAAUACCAAAUGUGCAGGACAAAUUGAAUCCGCUGAUUUAGGCAUAUCGCCAAUAAAUCAAGAAAUAAGUGCUAACGAAUUUGAUGUUGUCAUGAUGUCAUCUAUGCAGGAACAAAAGCCAAUACAACAAUUAUCUUUGAGUUCUGAUAACAGUCUCUCUGGAUCGCUUUCUCGUGUUGUAGCUUCAGCUGGAAAUAUUAUGCGACCAGGUACAUUGACUUAUACUCGUAUAACGACUGCAAGUACAAUAUCUGCCGGCAUACCACAAAAUGCAUCAGUAUUGAAUAGAAGAAAUAUAUCUCCAAAUUUGAAGAAUUCGCAAGUGAUGAUGACAAAUAAGAAGCUUCCAUCGGAGAUUACACAAACUACAGCAAAAGUUUCAAUUGGUAAUACCACAAUAUCUGUUCCAUUGUUAAAACCCUUAAAUUCUUCACAACACGGUCACCAAGGCAGCUCUGGAUCUUCCGAGCUGCAGAAACAAUCUCAAACGAAUACGCAGACAUCUUCACAACAACUUUCUUCUCAAACACAAAUAAAUUUAAGCAAAAUACUGACGACUAAGCAAGGGUAUAAGGGUAGUCAUCCAACUAUAGUAUCGCUUUCUCAGCUUCAAAUUAAACCAGUAUCAACAACGAAGCUUGUUCAAACUAAAGUUUUUGGUAAGAAGCUACCACAACUUCAGUGUUCCGUAACUACAAAUUCGCAACCUAAUUCUGGACUUGUUACAAUUGCCGUAUCAAAAGCUAAACCUAGUAUAGCUCUCAAUCAAUCGGGUUCAAAAAAAAUAAGUUUCAAAACAGAUUCCGGAGGCUUAUUACACAAUAAUGCACAUUUAGAAGAUGGAACAAAUAUAUCUGACAAUAUUUCGGCAAUUGAAACAAUUGAUUUUGCAAAUGAAAAAGUAGAAAAAUCAACCAGCGAUAAUCAGAUGUUAGACUCCAAUAUAUCGAAAACCUUGGGUUCCAUACAAAAUCCUGUAAAAAUAGUACCUCCAGUCACUGAUGAAAUUACGUUAAAUAAAACGGCGGCUACUAUUAAAAAGGUUUUAAAUCCAAAUGUCAAUAUCCUACCUUUACUAACGCCAAUAUCAAAGAAUACGGAGCACCAAGGAAACACAAAUGUUUAUCCAGCUGUUAGUAUAAUUAGACAACAUGUCCCUCAAUUAAUUACAACAUCAGCUACAACAACAUGUGUCUCCGUUUCAACGGGUGUGUCAGAUAACAAUAUCCAGACAGAAUUCCAUAGUACAAAACAAACAAAUCUGAAUAAUUUAUGUGGGAAAUUAAAUUCAUCAUCCAUAAUUUCGAUUCCAAAAAACAUUUCAUUAGUUUUAUCAAAAAAUAACCCAACUCAACAAUCAAAGGCAAAUAUAGUGUCUAAUUCAAUUAGAAACUCAAACUUAAUCGAUCAGAAGGUAAAAAAAAUCAAUUUAACAGUUUCAAGUGCACUUAAUGUAUCUGCAGUUAGUUCGAUGAAUAUGGUACAGCCUUUUAAUGCCAACAAUCUUUCAUCGACACAAAAUCAAUCACAGGAAACAAGUCCAAUUAAUAAAUCUACAGUUAUAUCAGUCGCAGUACAACCUCCUAAUUUAAUAAACUCAACUGAUCAGAGCUCACUACCUCGUAAAACGGUCAAAGUAACACCCUACACAUUGUCUUCGUUGGGACAACAUUUGGAUAAACGAUGCAAAUCACUUGAGGUACAUGAACAAGAAUAUCGACAGAAUGUUGAUAUUUUGCCUUCAAAACGAAGCAAGCUUGAAAGUUCUGAGUGCAAUGCAGAUGUAUUCGAGAGUUUGAACAAAAAAGAAGCAGUUGAUAAUACGCAUUCCUUUGUUGAAGCAAAAUCCAUCAAAAAUUUUGACAAGCAUGGAAACAUUGAAUUUAAUAAGUCGCCUAUAAAUGUUUCUAAAUCAGAGGAUUCCAACAAUGUUCUUCUUAAAAAACUUCUUCAAAAUUCCAGUAAUUCGCAACAUCUAAAUAUUCACACGUCCAUAGCUACCAAUAUACCAAACCCAGUUACGAACUCAACACCAGCAUCUAUUUGUAGUCAAGUAUUAUCUGCCAGAAAAGUGAUUAAUGUGCGUGCACCUAGUUUGGGUUUAGUUAGUUCUUUGGAGGCACAAUUGGCCCGCCCAGUUAUACCUCCUGUCCCAGCGACAUCUUCAGCCCCGGUUCAAACUGAGAUUUCAAAACCACAGAAAACUGACGAGCAAGAAGAUUUAAAAAAUAAAAUCAACAAUGAAAUCACAGCAUCUCAAAAUGAUGUGAAAAUAAAACCUGUCCAAGUGAUUUCAAAAGAAACGUCAUUUGUCUCCAAUCCGAACAUUACCCCAUUCUCAUUAGAAGAUCCGUGUCGCUCCAAAAUGCAAGUUACAACAGUUACUGGGCAGGACAUUGAACAUGAUUCGCUUAAAACAAGUAAAGCUUCAUGUGAGAAAAGCGAUACCAGUAAUUCAUCACAACAAAAUUACUCACAUAACACACAGCAAAAAGAAUCCAAUGGAAAUGAGGUUGAAGAAGGUGGAAAUUCACUGGGAAAUAUUUUCUCUGCUAAUAAAACGUCCUCCAAUGUUGGCAAAGACAGCAUAAAUAACCAAAAUUUUGGCAGUGAUGUGCCAAAUCAUUUCCCCAUAAUUGAGAGAAAGGAAGAGGCUUGCGGUGAAAAGUUGUCCAGUUUUGUAACAUCUCUGACAGAUCCAUCAGAAAAAGCGGAAAAAAACGAAAAUAUUAAAACGAAACCUUAUGUUAACAAUCUGUUAGAUGCAUCUGCGAAGUCAAAGACACCAUCCAGAUAUGAUAAUGAUUCGAAUAUUCAAGUAAAUUUAAAGUCGGAUAAUAAACAUAAUCUUAAUGAUAUGAGUAUACCUUCCGAAUGCAAUAAUCCAAAUAAUAUUGUAUCUACCGAUCAGAAGACAAUAAUAGUAGAUAAAGAUAUUGAGUCCAAAAAGAAACGGAAAAGAGAAUACCAAAAGCAACGCAGGUUGUUGCUAAGUGGGAAGGAGACUAAUGCGAACAUAGUUAACUCUACUACAAAUGUACCUGGACCAAAAAAGAGGUCAAGAAAACUUUCCAAAAUCGAAGAGGAUUACGACAAUUUCAUUGACAAUUUAAUGACACAUCUAAAGCAAAUGAAACCGUUGCAGGUUUUGGAACCUCUAUUAAAUAGAAAUUUCCUUGUUUGUAAUGCAUAUGGGUUAAGUAGCAAUCUUCCUCGUGGAGUAAGUAGUAAAGAGAAUGGCGAUGUUUUGCAAACUCCCCCACUCUUGGGAGAGUAUGGAAAUGCGCAUCAUUCCAAUGCAAAUACAUUAUAUGACACGGAGUCAUUUCAUUCAUCAGAAAGUAACAAAGAGAAAAAAUUGUCUACAAUUCAAAAUGAUUUUUAUGAUCAGGAAUUCUCAUCAAAUACACGAAAUAAUUAUAGCGACAGGUACUUGCGAGUAUGGAGUAUAAUGAAAGAACGCAGCAUUGAGUCCUCAGAUAUUGUAACCAACUGUAGUGUCAAUAAUGUCGAUGUAGUAAAUACGAUUGGAGAUAAAUUCAAUAGGUUGUCUUUACAGCAACUUAUUUAUCCCGGCUUAGUUGUAAUGAAUAAAAACAAUGAGCAUUACGUGGAUCGAAUGUCACCAAGUAUCCCAUUUAUCGAUUCAACAUUUAGUAUUAAAAAGAGCUGCCUUGUAAAAGCGAUAAAGCAAAUUGACGGCAUUGAAAAUGCUAACCAGAUUUUAAAUAAUGGGACCGAUAUGAGACCGAAACGUGAUGAAAGCAACAACCGAGUGGUUACAUUGUCCGUUCAAUUUUCGGCUGUUAAUAACAUAUUUGGGGUGCUUAAAGACUUGGCCAAUCUGUUGCAUAUUCCAGCGCCGACAAUGUAUAAAGUAAUUGAUAAACCAACAUUUAAUUUAUCUCACGACCUUACACCAAAGAGCAAUAUUAAGUUAACAACUAAAAGUCAAACAAGUUUUCAACAAGAUGUGAUGUGUGGCAGAAAAAAAAUUUGCUAUAAUUGCGGUAACUCAAUUUUAGAUUCGAGAAUUCAAUCUUUUAAAACUCCUUUUUGUGAUAUAAAAGAAAUUUGCCCCUCUAACUUGUCGCCAAAUUUAUCGCCAAUGAAAUUGCAAUUCUGUAACAAAUAUUGUUAUGAACACUUCAAUAAUCCUCAUAAAUCGCAAACCUUAAAUUUAAAAUCAAAAAUUGAAGACGUUCAAGUAACUACUGAAGAAAAGUUUAAUGAGGAAAACUUAACCGGGAACAGGUCUACGGCAAAUCAAAAUAAUAUAUCUAAAAAUAAUAAAGCUAAAAAUUGCAUUUACAAACAUUACAGUGUUAACUGUUUUAAGGAGUCAAGUCAAAGCCGUAUUUCUGAGAAUGUUAAGAAAGGCAGUGAAACAUGUUUGGAUGAAAAUAAUGAACAAAGUGGAUUUGCUAGUUGUAUCUUAAAUAGUUCAAUUGAAGAUUUGAGGGAGUGUGUUUUUUGUUACCAACGUGGGGACGGCGCAGCCAAUGGCCCAUCUCGACUACUCAAUUUCGAUAUAGAUAAAUGGGUACAUUUAAAUUGCGCUCUAUGGUCCAGCGAAGUGUAUGAGACUAUAAGUGGUGGCCUUAUGAACUUUCCAGCAGCUUUACAGAUGGGCCUUAAUCAAUCGUGUAGCGGAUGUCAACAAAUUGGUGCCACAGUACGCUGUUUUAAAAAUCGUUGUACCCAAGUUUUUCAUUUACCUUGUGCAAUAAGAGAGCAUUGUGUUUUCUACAAAAACAAAACCAUACAUUGUCAGCAGCAUGCAAAUCGAUUAGAAAAAGAAAAUGAAUUGUCAUCUCUUACCGUUCAUAGACGAGUAUUUGUCGAAAGAGAUGAAAAUAGGCAAGUGGCAACAGUAAUGCAUCACUCAGAAUUAACAAACUUACUUCGAGUCGGUACCUUAAUUUUUUUAAAUAUUGGGCAAUUACUUCCUCACCAGUUAGAAGCCUUUCACACCAUAGAUCACAUAUACCCUGUGGGAUAUAAAGUGAUUCGAUUUUACUGGUCUAUGAAGAAGCCAAAUCGACGUUGUCGAUAUGUAUGCUCAAUAAAUGAAACUGCUGGUCGACCUGAAUUCCGUAUACAGGUGCAGGAACCUGGAAGCGAAAUUGAAUUACGCGAUUCCUCCCCUAAUGCAGUUUGGAAACAAAUUUUAACACCCAUCGCAUCUAUGCGUAAAAACAAUAAAAUUGUACAACUGUUCCCUCAAUUUAUUUCCGGCGAAGAUCUCUUUGGAUUAACAGAGCCUUCUGUAGUUAGAAUUAUUGAGAGCUUACCGGGCAUAGAAACACUAACGAACUAUCGUUUUAAAUAUGGACGUAAUCCUCUGUUAGAAUUGCCACUUGCAAUAAACCCAAGUGGUUCUGCACGCACCGAGCCAAAGCAGCGACAAAUAGUUGCUUGGAGAAAGCCUCAUACUCAAAGAACUGGCUCAGCUGCGAAUCAACGUAUGGCAAAUUCUACAACAUCUAUUGCAGGCGAAAUAGCAUGUCCGUACAGUAAGCAAUUUGUCCACUCGAAAAGUUCUCAAUAUAAAAAAAUGAAACAGGAAUGGAGAAAUAAUGUAUACUUGGCGAGAUCAAAAAUACAAGGCCUUGGUUUAUAUGCUGCGCGUGAUAUAGAAAAGCAUACCAUGAUAAUAGAAUAUAUUGGUGAAGUUAUUCGCACAGAAGUGUCGGAAAUUAGAGAGAAACAAUAUGAAGCGAAGAAUCGAGGAAUAUAUAUGUUUCGUCUGGAUGAAGAUAGAGUCGUCGAUGCUACCCUGUCUGGAGGAUUAGCUCGUUAUAUAAAUCACGCUUGCAAUCCUAACUGUGUAACUGAGACUGUUGAUGUUGAUCGUGAACUUAGGAUUAUAAUAUUUGCUAAGCGAAGGAUUAACAGAGGCGAAGAGCUAUCUUAUGAUUAUAAAUUUGACAUUGAAGACGAUGCCCAUAAAAUAUCUUGCAUGUGCGGUUCUCCCAACUGCAGAAAAUGGAUGAAUUAAGCAGCUAUAUAUGACGUAAAUUAUAUUCAACUCAUAUCAAUGUUGUAUGAAAUAAAAUUAAUAAAUCAAAAUACUUAUUAUAAUAGUUAUAAACUGUGGUAUUUAGUACCCCAAAUAGUUAUCUAUAACAAUGUAACAUUAUAUAUAAUAAAUUAAAGUUGCGUGGAAUUUUGUAUUUGCAGAAAAAUUAUGAUUAUUAUUUUCAAAAAACUGUUGUGUGCUUUCCGAACCUUUUACUGAAUAUAUUCUUAUACACGUAUAACACAAAAUAUAAUUACAUUGCUCACAUAAAAGUUCUUUUUACAAGUCGUAAAAUUAUCUAGUUACAUAUUGGUUUAUGUUUAUUUGUUCUAGAAGAAUUUAUUCCGCUACAUGUCUAUACCCGUACAUCCGUGCAACCCACAUUGCGUUUCAGCACCUCAUGCUGCAAGGUAAUACAAAGAUUAAGUAAUAAUCUCGGCAUUUCCAAAACUGCUAGCAGUCAUAUCAUAAUGUGAAACAUAUAGUUUUACAACAUAAAACACAAAUUAGUAAACUCAGAGAUCGCAUUUUACAUAGUUUCACCUAUUUCAUAAUUUGUAUUUGAUAUUUGAAACACUUAAUUUAUUUUGCAUGGAUUCGAAUUACUAAAUUAUAAUAUUCAUAUUUGAAGCUGAAAUGAUGGAAAUAUAGUUCUGUAUACAUUUUAAGUAUUGCUUGUAAAAUAAAAAUGAUAACUAAAUAUAUUGUAUAUGUUAAAUCA